CCGCAAUUUACCACUCACCUUGGACGCAGCUCAGUUUGGCGACACUGAAGGGUACGGUGACUAGAGCUCGAGAGCAAGUCGAUUUACACAUCUGCGAGCACUCCCUCCAACAUUAUUGCUAGUUACAAUAAAUCUGGCGAUGGCUACAAAUGUAUGGCGCGCUCUGUUCGCCCCAACACUCGACUUGACCUCAGUGGACCUCAGCAAUCUUAGCCCUGUGCUUGGUGGCAUGCCAAAGCUGGCCAUGGAUUGACGACGUUGCUCUCGAGAUCGUUGAUUGGAGAUAGAACAACAACAUGGAAUAUUCGUUACUAGAAAUAGCGGACGCAAUCGAGGAGAUUAGUAACAACAAGGCGCGCCUUUUGAUCGGCAGUGGGAGUGUGGCUACGUGUAUCUCCAGCGAUACAAGGGAAAUUGUGCAACGAAUUGAGCAGCAGAUGGAGCAGGAGCAAAUGAGUUCAUCAGCGAGGAGAUCACGCUCGGACAUUGGAACAUCUGAUUCAAAGGACUCCAGCGAGAUACCCUUCGAUGAACGUUCCAGUGAAAUCUCGAGCCCCUGUCAGAGCAGCAACCAGGGAAAGUCAAGCUUGUUUGUGGAAGGCCGUGACGACUAUGAAAGGAAGCAAUCGAGGGAAUCGGAAAGCGACGCUCGUUCUGACCCGUCUGAGCCGCUGACAGUUCCAUACAUCGGAGACACCAGGGCCCAACUGAUGCAACCAUCGGGGUCCUACAUGUAUCUCAAGCUCAAAAACGAUCAUUCCCCCAUGAGGAGUCCCACUUUCGCGCGCAAAUUAUCGAUCUAUGAUUCGUCGUCGAGUGGCUCUACCGAGAGCCUGGAGAGAGAAGUCAAAAUGGCGAAGAAAUCGCUACAACUUCCUGACAUACGCAAAGCGUCAAGCACAGAUUCGGACGAUACAAUUGACAAGCUACGCGAAUAUGCAGAAUCUAGUAUUGAUGAUGAGUUCAGCAAUGCGGCAAAAUCACCCACGACGACCAUAGGCGCACAGAGCCCGGUAAUUUCUGUGGCUACUACUGAGAUCACGGAGAAGACCAAGAACACGAUUACCCCAAAAAAUUCCCUGGAAGAGUUUGGUAGCAGCUCAAGCUCUGACGCUUCAUCAAUUGAGGACAACUCUCUAAAACUUGCGUUGUCAACAUCCAGAAUACACUCGGGGUACUUGAGUCCACCACCAAUAGUUUCAUCAAUGCAUGCGAUGAAGCACGGGGGAUUCAAACGGGGGGAUCAAGGGAAAAGCCCAACCGGCCGCGGCAGAGACUAUCAAUUAGAGUUGCGUGCCGAUUCAGCAGCUUUUGUCCACUCAACCAAGGUUGAAAAGCUGGGGAGGGAAGGCCAGCUCCCUAGUCUGCGGCCUCGAACUUACUCUGGUUACAAUUCUGAUACCGAAGCUCUGAAGUCCGACAACCCCGGGUCUAGAACCCCACAACACGCCAACCAGAUGCAAAGAGUCGUCAGUCCACAGCAAAUCCCACCUGGUGUUGAAAGGAAAGCGAAUGUUGCACAGAAUAUUCAGGCAAACUACCAUAUCAAAGACUUGCAACAAAGCAAACAAAAACAACCUACAGUACGGGGACGAAAUGGAGCAGAAACUAAUUCCUUUGCGGAAGCCAAUAACGUGCGGUCAUGUCAACAAGACGAUGAGCAAGAUGUUCAGCGUCAGGACCACGCGCACUUGAGGAGGCAAACGCAACCGCAACAUAUCAACCAGCAUGUACGUCGACAUCACAGUCCAAUAGAAAGACGAUCAUUCCAACGAAACCACCAAGAUGAAGCGGUGGAUGCUGCUGUCCGGCCAAGGGAACAACACCGCGCAAGGGAAUCGUCGCACAAAGAACAGAAGAGAAUGUUUCAGGCCCGGAAAGGGCUAAGAGAACAUGAUAUUAGUGCAGCGGAAUCAGUUCAGAUCAAUGAAGGAGCGCACGGAUCUUCAUCAUCCCGGCAAAGAGGCUAUGAUCAGGAAAGGGAGCCAGGAAAGCCUCAGAUGAAAGCAAGCCCAUCCCUGAACCCUAAGCAUCGUGACUACGAAGAGAAACCAGGCCAACUUGUAGUACCUGUAUAUCCGUUUCCCUCCCAAAUAGCUUGGACGCAGCAAACCAAUCGAACGAAGUAUGAUCAUGUACACGAAUCCGGAGAAUCUACGUAUAAGUAUGGCUCGAAAGACGAACACCGCCCAAGAGAAACAGACGAUGUACAAGAUCCAGUGCAACCAAUCAGAGGAGCAAGUCGUUCUCCGCCCCAGCAGAUUCCAGAUAGACAUCAAAAGCUUGGAAUACCCGAGGUGCGACGGUCUCUACCUGAGCAGGCUGGCUUAGUAGGAGAGUCAAAUGGUGUACGGGAAAAGGGACAACCUCAGGAAUCAGUCAAUCGCGCUAAACAGGCGCGAGAACAUUGGAAAGAACGGUUGAAGCUUGAACGACAGCUUAGCCGUAGCCGUAGCCGCAGUCAAAGUCCUCCUAAGCCAAGGGACCAACUUGAUUCAAGAAAGACAUUCGAAGAAGAAGAUCCAGACCCCACCAUGAAAGACGACACUCCACCGGAGACAGUAACCGAAACGGUUCCAAUGGUUAACCCGGAACUGCAAUCUGGAGUUACUACGUUGCCAGUUGCCGAAGACACGGAACCAAACGACAACCAAAAAUUGCUUCUGGAAUGUUACUCUGCCAUUAUCAGUCUCAAAGAGACUUCCGAAUCCAAGUACCAGGCGCUUGAAUCAAAAUACGUCGAGCUGAAAAGCUCCACCAACCCACAACCGGAUUACCAGAGCACCUCGAGGGCAGACUACGAAUCGAAGAUAGAGACUCUCGAAUUCCAUCAAAGGGAGCUCGAGACUGUCAUCGCACGGCUCGAAGCCAAGAAUCGCGAGGUCAUCGAGGAGAGCAGGAAGGAAGAAAGCAAUCAUCGAUCUGUGAUAGCACAGCUAGAAGCCAAAAAUGGUGAGCUCGUUGAAGACAGCAGAAAGAAAGCAUCACAACAUCGAUCUGUGAUAGCACAGCUAGAAGCCAAAAAUGGUGAGCUCGUUGAAGACAGCAGAACGAAAGCAUCACAACAUCGAUCUGUGAUAGCACAGCUAGAAGCCAAAAAUGGUGAGCUCGUUGAAGACAGCAGAAAGAAAGCAUCCCAACAUCAAGCUGCAAUAGCACAGCUAGAAGCCAAAAAUGCUGAGCUCGUAGAAGACAGCAGAAAGAAAGCAUCCCAACACCAAGCUGCAAUAGCACAGCUUGAAGUUAAGAAUGCCGAACUCAUCAAUGACAGCAGGGGAAAAGCGUCUCAACAUCAAGCUGCAAUAGCACAGCUAGAAGCUUCAAACUGUGAGCUUCUGGAUGAGAACAAGAAAAAAGAGUCCCAGCAUCAAGCUUUAGAGGACUCGCAUCUGGAACUCGAAACGCAAGUUCGGCAGCUGGAAGCCAAGAACUUCAAGCUGCUCGAUGAUUCCAGGAAGAAAGAAUCGCAGCAUCAAGCUUUGGAAGACUCGUUCUUAGAACUCGAGACGCAAAACCGCCAGCUCCGAAAAGCUGCAUUUGAGACGGACGAUACUUAUCAGAAACUGCGGGACUCCAUUGAAAGACUUGAAGAACGCAACAGCCAACUAUCCCUGGAGGCACAGGAGGCAGAAAGGCUGCAGGCUCAUUGUCAGAGUCUCGAAGAGAGAUGCGCCGAGCUCCAAAGUCAAUUUUCACACCUUGAGGCUGAGAAUUUCAAGUUAAGGAAUGAAUGUACGGAGAUGGAGUCGAAAUGCAAAGUUCUUGAGGACAAACGUGAAAAGUUGGAGGCAUUGACAGAUGAACACGAAUCCGAGAAGCACAAUGCAUUGGAUGAGAAGGACAACUUUCAAGACAAAUGCAAGGCUUUGGAGACCAUUUGCCAAAAGCUAGAAGAGUCAAACAGCCAACUUGAAGCGCAAAUACUGCAGGCGAAGAAGGAACGUGAUGACUUUCAAUCGAAAGCACAAUCAUUGCAGGCUCAAGCCCUGAUCCUGGAAGUGUCAACAAUGGAAUUGAAGACUCAAAGCCAGCUUCUUCAGGACGAGCGAGAUACCUGCCGAUCACAACUUUACACAGCAGAAUCAAACUGCACAGAGCUUGAAGGAUCAAAAGAGGGCUUUCAAACUGCUUUGCAAGAAACACGUGAAACGUGCCAGGCAUUGGAAGAGUCGAACAGAGAGAUCGCCAGGGAGAAUCAGAGUCUCCGAGAUGAAAAAGAAUCGUUUCGAUCAAGGCUACAAGAGCUCGAGACAAAAUUCCGAGAAGUAAAAGGGUUCCAAGAAAAGCUCCAGGAACAAAACUAUCAACUCGAGGAUGGCAAUCAAAAGCUGUCCAUAGAGCUUCAGGUGGUCCAGUCCACCAUGAAUGUAUUGGAGAAAGCCAAGAACGACUUGACGGAAGAGAACGCUAAGCUCGAAGACUCGAAUGCAAAGUUGAGAGCAAUGCAGAAAGGCCUCAAGGAUACCAUGGAAGAGGCCAAGAAAGAGGUGCAGCGGAUGUGCUCUUUCGCUGCACAGUCCAGAACUCAAGCAGUACCGGUACCGACCGAGACGAGCGAGGUCACGGAGGAAAUGCAGCAAGGAAUUGGCAAUGGUUUCCUUGCUUGCAGUUCUACAGACUCGUCUGACGACAUUCACGGCGACGUGGAGGGCGCGAGUAGAUUAGGGUACGAAGUUAUAUCUUCCCAAGAGAUCCAAUCAUUCAAUAUCCGCUUCAAUCCGCCUGAACGAGACGACAUCAUAGACGCCGACGAGGGAGGUGUUGUUGGCCGGGGUAGGGAUGCAGACAACGGAAGAACAUUGGAAGACGAACUGCAGGAAAAGUUGAAUCAGCUCGGCGGUUCGUCGGAGUCAUCAGAUGGCGAAGACCAAUACUACGAGUCUCUUGACAUGGGCCCUCCAGCGUUACGUCGCCCCAGAACAACUAGUGGCGAAACAAGAAAACAAUUGGUGAAGGAUAAAAGGACAACGUCAGUGACAAAGCAAUCGCUUUCGUGGAGCGGUACAUCACCCACUAGGUCGUUACCACCGCUCCCGCCGAAACCCUUACCGGUACCCAAUCGCCCUCCUCUCCCUCCCGUAACACGUCUUCCCGGCAAAUCAGGUGAUCAUGCCAAUGCACGACAGUAUGAUGAUCUCGAAGCAAGCAGUUCAGAUUAUAGCACAGGUAGCAGUUCGAACCGAUACGUUGAAAUCCGUGCAAGCCAAACAGAGUCUCCCCAGGGCGACAGGCAAUCUCCUUCAAGUAUUUUGAACGAAUUGCUUGGGGACCAGGAAGAUGAUGGCCAAGACGGGGAAAUCCAGAACCCGCACCAGAAGAUGCUUGAAACAGAAACAGACCCAGAACAGCCAGUCAUAUCAUGGAUAGACAGUCCUUGCUCGCCGCGUUCUAGAGCCGAAGAGGAUUCUUUGUCGGGCAAGAACGCGAGGAGAUCUCGCAAAGCCACAGACGGACGAUUGGGGAAAUCAUCGUCGUCGUCACCGGUGAUGGCCAACUUACAAGAGUCUCGAGAUGAAGAACCAAUGGUUAUUCCGGAAGACACACCCCGAGACGACCAACCGCCACUUGCUAGUGACAUGGUGUUCUACAUGACAAAAUCGGGUGAAAUACCAUUAAUGCCGCCACUAGCGGUAAAACCCCAUCGUCAUCGCCAUGAAUCUACAAGUGCGGAAGAAGAGAGCAACUCCAUUGUUACACAGUCGUCUACCCACACCCAAGACUUGCUCAAUACACCGUCGCGCAAGUCAAGACAUAUCAAUCGAAAAAUGGAGAAAAGCACGACGUCAAAGAAGAAUGCGAAGAUGGGAACACCGGCAAGCUCGAACGAUGAGAGCAAUCAAUGUGCGGAUUGCUAUUUCCCCUUUGUGUUUCAAGCUUCCCAGCAGCAAGCUGGAGGGAAAGAAUCCUCUCAGCCGCAAAACCUAUCGGUUGCCACUCGGCCAAAUUUUCGCCUUCGCUGCGAUGAAUCGGGAUGCGGAAUCGACUUAGGCAGCACGUGUACGUCAAUGCUGGCAAGGCGCACCUGGGAUUAUGGAAAAAAGCACAGCAAGCAUCAUCUCAUCAGCAACAGUGAGCAGUCCUCGGUUGCAAGCGUGAGGACAUCGCCGACAGGUUCUACGACAGUUGUUGCCGGGGGUGGAAACAAUGCUGUCCAGCCGGAAGAUGCAACGUCGUUUGAGUCGAACACGUCCGAUAACGGGACCGCCAGCACGGGUUCCAAGCCUCUUGGAUCAGCCAUCCUUGCGAAACGAGACAAACUGCGACGAAAGCAAGGAGGCUUCGUGCAGACGGCGUCAAGUAGUGGGAGUUCGCAAAGCGAAAGAGAGGCUUCCAAAGAAGCAACCAAGCCACGCCAAGUUUUGUUCUCCUUCCUCUCCUAGCUAGCUAGACAAGUGUGCCAUGACAGUAUCUGCAGCGCGUGCUGCUGUUGUGCCGCCCUUUCCCCGAGUAAGAGAAGAGAACGAGGUAUCUCAGAACUGCGCGACAGGGUGGAUAGACUCUUUCAAACACAGUGUUUUAGCACUCUCACUUGUUGCUGCAUUUGAUAGAUGGCUUAGAUAAACGAGUUCCUAGCUAGCAAGCUGCUACCAGAUGCAGAUUUGGGAAGCGAAGCGCAUUCCUAGCUACUAGUAGACUAUCUGCAUACAUGUAGUUUACGUGUCUAUGAGUCGGCAUGCCAGAUUGUCGAACAAGGGCGACCUCAAGAAGUGAUGUGUCGCAAAUACUGGGUUGCCAAAACCAGUCAAGUCAACACGGGUACUAAAGGUAGCACAACAACCAACUACCGGUACCGAAAGCGCAACAUGAAUGGCCGGCAAUGAAGUCUGUGUCUGACGGUUUGUGCCGGGCCCCACCUGAUGCGAGGCAUGGGCCCUUUCAACCAAAAAGGUCAUUCCUCCGCAAAUGAUGCUAAAGUUUCACUGAAGCACAAGCUCAAGAUAGGAUGAUGGGGAAGGUACAUAUGAUCAUCUUGAAGUAGAGUCUGUAUAUCAAGUAUAGCCUUUCUCUAUCGUGUUA